AUUGCAGAUGAUAUUAGACACUAUAAGCUGGUGGCCAAUCGUCGUGGUGGCCGCAAUCUUCUGUACAAGGGACACAUGUAUACCGUAGAGCGACGCUAUCUAAAGACCACCAAUUGGGUGUGCACCAAGUACAGUAAUACUCGGCUACGUUGUCCGGCACGCUGUGUCACUAGCUGUGAAGGCAGCAGCAACAGCAUUAAGCUGAGUCGCCGCCAUCACAACCAUCAAGCCAAGGGCUCGAAACUUUAG